GAGAGAGAGAGAGAGAGGCUCUUUUUUCUUUUCUCUUUGGAGGAGGAGGAGGAGGAGAAGAGACUACAAUGGCUUCGAGGCAUCAUAUUGCGAUUUCGCAGCAGCAAAGAGGUGGGGUCGCGCCUGUCAACAAGCAAAAGGCGGCGGCCGGAGCAGAUGGGAAGAACCGGCGGGCCCUUGAAGAUAUCGGCAAUCUAGCCAAUCUCAGAAUCAAUGAAGGCAAACCGCAGCCGCAGAUCAACCGACCCGUAACUAGCGAUCUUUUUCUGAAGAACUGCCAGCAUUAUAUGCAGAAACAAGUGGCUGUUCCUACUGACAGAAUAGCAGGAAAGGGCAGUACAAAAGCUACAGCAGCUCCCGUCGCCGGAGUAGCAGGAAAGGGUGCUGCAAAAGCACCCAAGAGUGCUGCAGUUAAGCCCGAACCCGAGAAUGUUAUUGAGAUCAGCACCGAUUCAGAUGAGAGCGCUACGCAAGUGUCUGCAAGUAGUGUCAGUUUUCGUGGUGGCAAACCAUCAAGAAAGGAAGUUCACACUCUUACCUCAGUGCUUACGGCUCGAAGCAAGAUUGCUUGUGGAGUUAUUGAGAGACCAAAAGAGCUGGCCCUGAAUAUUGAUGCAUCGGAUGCCGAUGAUCAAUUGGCCGUUGUUGAUUAUGUCGAAGAUAUAUACAUAUUCUAUAAGCAUGCAGAGAACUCAAACCGACCGCGCGACUACAUACACUGGCAAGCAGAGAUCAGCAUGAAGAUGAGGUCCAUCCUCGCUGACUGGAUCAUCGAAGUGCACCACAGAUUCGAGCUGAUGCCUGAGACCCUCUACCUAACAUUCUGCAUCAUCGACCGCUACCUCUCAAUUGAAACAGUCACCAAGGGAGAGUUGCAACUCGUGGGAGUUAGCGCCAUGCUCAUCGCUUGCAAGUAUGAGGAAAUCUGGGCUCCUGAGGUUAAUGACUUCAUUUGCAUUUCGGAUAGGGCAUACACCAGAGAGCAGAUACUAGGAAUGGAGAAAGGGAUUCUGAACAAACUUGAGUGGAAUUUAACGGUUCCGACUUGCUAUGUUUUCCUCGUGAGGUUUCUCAAGGCUUCAGCGUGUGAUAAAGAGAUGGAGCACAUGGUUUUCUUCUUUGCUGAGCUGGGUUUGAUGCAGUACUCAAUGAUCAUGUAUUGUCCAUCCAUGGUUGCUGCUUCUGCAGUAUAUGCGGCUCGCUGCACACUUAGGAAGAGUCCUCUUUGGACUGAAACACUGAAGCACCACACGGGCUUCUCAGAGCAGCAGCUGCUAGAUGCUGCUCAAAUUCUUGUGAAGUUUCAUUCGGUAGCUCAUGAGAGCAAACUGAGGGUUGUGUACAAGAAAUACUCGAAUGAAGAACUUGGAGCGGUCGCGCUGCAUCCUCCCGCAACAAGGCUGAUAGAGGAUCUGUUGAAGGCUUCAAAGAAGUGAUGGAAGGGGGCUGGUAGUGAAUGGCAGUAGUUAUUCCCUUUUGGUACUUGUUUGCUGAUUCAAAAUUUCAAAUUUUUUUUUUUUUUUUGGAAGAAGUUAGUUUAUUUGUUCUGUAGUUAGAAGGUGUCCGACAGAGUAGAGAGGUGUGGAGUUUGUGGGCCUUUCGGAGGCAAUGGAAAUCAUCUCAGUGAUGAUACAACAAAGUGAUGUCUUUCAUUUUGGUACAUACUCUCUCUCUCUGGGAGUUUAUGCUUCAAAGUUCUUAAAGA